AUGAACAAUCAGUAACUAAUCCAACCUAAAGAUGGUUAUUUAAUGAUUUAAUAUUUUAACUAAUAUGUGUUACUUAAAUUUCAGUAGGAUAUAAUAAAAAAUCAAGAAGGUUAUAAAGACUUUACUUAAAAAUAGAUAAAAUAAGUAUAAGAGAUCCACAAGGAAUUUAUUAAAUAAUUAGAAUUGUACGAGUAAUAUGUACAAAUGUAUAACAUAUAUUCUUUAAUAAAAGAUGUUACAUUUAUACAUGAUAUACCAAAUUCUAUCUAUUAUUUAGCUAAAUUCCUUGUGAAUUUACCUAAAUAUACCUCUUAAGAGACUCUUGUAAUGAUCUCAAAACUCAAACUAUAUAGACAAAAUCAAGUUUAUAUGCAACUCUAAAAAUAAACGAAUUAAAAAAAUGACGGAUAUAAAUAAGUGAUUUUUACUUAGUUAGCUCCCUUUAAAGAGGAGAAGAAUAGACAUUUUCCAAUGAAAAGUUCUCAUUGCCAGAAGUAAAUGUACAUUUAUUAUAAUAGAUGUAAAGUCUGUUAAAAACAGAAUAAUCAGAAGGUACAUAAAUCAAGCUUUAUUUGUGAAAGUUGUAAGAAAUACUAUAAAAUAAAUGUAACACUUUGUACAGAUAAAUGCUUUAAAUAGUUUCACCUUAAUCCUGCAUAUUAUUUAAAAAGAAACAGAAGAAAAAAGUAAACAAAAGUUGAAGAGUGA